AAACAGAAUCUUAAUGAUGAAUUUGUUGUCUAUUUGUGAUAAACUUUCAUUAAAAUGAUCAUGUGUAGGUAGCUGCCUUCCAUGAAAUGAAUGUUUUGGAUAAUUAUGCUAUGCUCUUCACCCUUCUUCCCUUGCCCAUUAUAUAUGACAAUUUUUCCGCAAUGAUACCUUGCUAGUAAUUUCUAAUUUUCUUUUGGAUGGUAAGGUUUAAAUUUAUCUCUUUCAUGGCCAAAGUGGAAUCUGUUACGCUGGUUUUAUUUGGAAUUUGCUUCUGCAGUAUCUUAGAAAGAGGAGAUUUUCUGUUCACACAGAAUCCUAUGAAGAUAGUACAUUGAAGAGCAAGUAGACUUACUCUUUUUAUUUGUGGCUAAAUCCGCACAAUAACAACAUAGUCAUUGCCAUACACGACCCAUGCCUGAUAUCUUUUUGAAAUUUCCUAUUAGAUAUCUCUUGGUGAUAAUAAAUGAUGAUUUGUCAGGAGAACAUGUAUCUAAUCUGCGUAUUUAAUAAAAGCUCAAGAGAAUGUUUUGUGCAUCUUAAUGUACUGAUCUUUGAAUGGCAUUGUUACCCACAAUUCUUUCACCAUGUUAUUUUUAGUAAUGAUGAGUUUAGAGAUUUUAGCAAUUAUGGUCUACAUGUGAUUUUCAUAGGAUUUGAAGGGAUCAUGGAAUUGAAUUUUUUGUAAAAUUUUUCACUGUUACAUGGUUGUAUGUUUCAGUCUAAUUGAUAUGGUCUUGAAUCCUAAGGUACAUUACCUGAAGCAACUGUUAUAUAUUCAAUAAAAUGAGUCUUGUCUAUUUUGUAGAUACAAAUUCUGUAUCAAACCAUAUUCAAUCUGUUUAGGUUUUCAAACUGUUAAAAUUGCCAUUCCGUGCUUCAGAAGGUGGGGGUGUGACAAUUUGCAGUCGAAUCCCCAUGAUUUUCAAGCCCAGAAAAAAGUGGAGAACAGGGUUAAAAUGAUAUGUCGAGAUUUGUCCAUAUUGUGUAAAUAGAAAAUAAAGGAAAAUGCUAUUACAAGCACAUAUAGUGUCUAAUGGUUAUUGAUAGGGAAUGACAUAUUACAAUUUGACAUAAUGAAAAAUGUUUUGCUUCGAAUUAUUAGUUUUUCAAAUAGAACUUUCCCAAAAGUUGUAUGAUUAUUUUGUGACAACAUCUCUUCUUUCCGCUUAACUUUCUUACAUCAUUUUUGAUAAGGUAAUAGUUGAUUUUUAUUUGAAGUUUAUUUUAGUUGCAUGACUAGAAUCUCUCUCUAAUUCAUUCACUUGACUGAAGGAUUUUGUUCCUAUUGUCAUAUUCAGAUAUAGAAUCUGGGACAUUGUUUAUUAUGAUAUAAUUUCUCUUUCUACCUCUUAAUCUUUUCUUUUUUUCAUUGAGAGCCCAAGAAAUCUUUUGUUUAGAAAGCACUUUGAUGUUGAUGGAAUCAUCAAGAUCCGCUAGAUCAAUUCACAAUAGGUGACAUGUUGGCCAAAGUUUUGAACUGUGGCUUUCUUGAUGCUGAUGAUUUCCAUCCACUAUCAAAUAAAGAAAAGAUGUGCCAAGGUGUUCCCCUCUCAGAGGAGGAUCGGAUUCCGUGGCUGGAAAUGCUAAGGGAUGUUCUAAAAGAGAACUUAGUAGUUGGAAAAACUGUGGUACUUGGGUGUUCUUCUCUGCAGAAACAUUACAGAGAAAUUCUAAGAUGUGCUGAUGCUGCUUAUGAACAUGGCAGCUAUGCCAGUAAGGUGCAGUUUGUUCUGUUGGAUGCCCGGGCUGAGGUGCUUGCUGGUCGGCUUGAGAAGAGAGCUGCAGAAGGGAAUCAUUUCAUGCCAGUCACGCUUCUGCAAUCUCAACUAGACUUACUUCACAUAGAUGAUGCUGAAGGGAUAUUCAAGGUUGAUGCUACUUUAAGCCCUCAAGUCAUUGUAAGCACAAUACAAGCAUUGUUGUUGUCUAAACAAGCCAUAGAUUAACAGUCCUUUUAGGAACUCUUAAGGAGUCCUUCAUAUCUUGACCUGAUGUGUAAUUAUGCAUUUAUUUGAAUGUUUAAUCGAUUAAGAUUUUACCAUUAA